AUGAUGUCGACUACGAGAAAGUACGUCCCUUUUGUUGUGUUUGCGUCAGUGUUGGCCGCGACCAUGCCAGCCCAAGACUGCGCUCGUGUCACACCUCCAAAAUGUUCUUUGGUCUUCCCAAGCAUUCUGUUUCUCAAUCCAUGCCAAUAUGUCUGCUUUGAGAGACUCCUUCUUCCCAGCAUCUCGGUAAGGACGCAUCCCGACGGCACGUUGUGCACGUCUGCGUUUGGAGUGCUGGAGAUUGGAUCCUGUCGCAACGGAAGCUGCGUUCAGUCCCCAUCGGAAUCGACGGUCCGGCCCGUUCAGCCAACUAACCAGCCACAGACAACAACACCACAUGCCGUGGAGAGGUCGCCUUGA